AUGGUAGCGGUCGGUUCGCUGUUCGUUUUCCUGGCGUUGGUCGCGUUCGGCGUUUCGUCGAUGGUCGGCAGAGAAGGGCAGCGACUGUCAAGAGGUGAGCACUUUGAAUGUGUUUUUGAGAGCGGCUGUCUCAAAACAAGCAUAAUUUGAGGACAUGUUCCCAGACUUCACGAAUUUUCUUUUCAAAGUCAUGUAGUAAAAGAAAGUUGUUUAAUAUUCGCUAUGCACUUUUACGACACAAUCCCUGUAAUUGCGAAAGGCGGCAAGGAAUUUCAUAUGCAGUGGGAGACCUGAUCCAGUGGCAAAAAACGUACCAUUUCGCAUCCGGAAGUAUCAAAAAUGUGGCAAAAUGCUUCCCUCUCCAAGUGAAAAAAUUUCGUUUUGAAUGGUGCGCCCUUUUUCCUCACAAAAAGAGCGGGCGCGCUUUUGAAAUCUGAGGUUUUUUUCAAGAGAGGGAGGUAUUUUGCCACAUUUUUUGAUUCUUCCUGGAAGCAAAAUGGUACGUUUUUGCCAUUGGAUCAGGUCUCCCACUGUAUGAGAUUUAAGGAAAAAAUAGCAUGACUUUGCACUUAAAGUAAUGGCAAAAUUACCGUCCUAAAGGCAGUUUAAGGAUAUAAAUAUUUUUCCAGGCCAUGGCCACAGAAACGCCCGAUCCAUUUACGGGGGCAGCUUCGCAUCUCCCCGCUCUCUCAACACCAUGCUGAAACAACCAAUCUUGUCGUUCGGCUCGUGGCGCUCAAAGCGCGAACUACCGGUCGAAACCCCGGAGGCCACGAAUUUCGAGGAGCAAAAAGAGGAGGUUUUAGAGACAAUCGACAAACUUCUACUCAACGAACUCAAAAAAGAAGUCAACGAUGACGCGGAGAUCAUCGUUGGCGACAAUGUGCAAGAAAAUCCCGUCCGACCAAGCCGACUGUGGCGACAAUUUGGCAAAUUCGCGAUCGUUGUGCAACUGUAG